UCGUCGCCGUCGCCGCGAGUCAGUGGUGCACGGUCGGUCGCGUGGUACACAUGUCGAGCGGUACGCGGAUCGCGGGUGAAAGAGAGCCGAGAGAGUAAAACUAAGAGCACGCAGGAGUCUCGCGGGUGCGCGCACGCUCUCGCACGCCCACGCACACAGGCGCAAACUACUUUGGCCCUGCUUCGCUCCGGUUACUUUCUACCUUCCGUCUCUCGCCCGCCCGCUCGCUCGCUCGCUCGCUCGCUAGCGCGCGCGCGCGCGUGUUCCCGACCCCGAGUUCCGAAGGACGGACCUUCCUCUCGUGCGACGACAAACUUCCCGUACGGUGCGACACACGGCAGGAAUUGGACGACGAGAGCGGCCCGGAACAUGAAAACACCUAUGGAGAAUCAGCUGUCCUGGCUCGCGCUGUUCAUGACCGCCUUGUACUCCCUGCUCGCUAGCUGCCGAGGUGAAGAGUGCGGACACGAGGAGCUGGUGAGGUGCGCCAGGCCCCUCGAGAGAAUCAGCAACAGCGACCUGAGUUUCGCCACGAAAAAGGAGGAUAUCAACAAACUAUGCCCAGAUCUCGAGGCAGGUAUGAAAUGCAUCAAAAGAUACACGAUGAAUUGCAUGAAGGAGAAGCAACGGGAGCACUUCAACGCUCUCUACACCGGCACCAACAUGGCCAUCAUGGAGCUGUGCCAAGACGGCCCGUACCAGGACGAAUUCUUGAAGCACGCGCCAUGCAUGCAAAAAUCCAAAGCCGAAUACGAGUUGUGUUACAAGUCGUAUCAGAAGACGACUCAAGAGAUAAUGGCCAACCGCUCAUUGGGACAGCAAGACCUCAAGUCCCUUUGCUGCGCCUUCCAGGAGUACUUGGAAUGCUCUCAUCAUACGGUACGCCGUCAGUGUGGCGAUGAUACAGCGCGAUUCACGAAGGACUUCCUCGACAGAAUGUCAAGCUCGCUGCUAAAGGCGCACUGUGCUCCCUACACGGAAUGCACCGCAAUGUUCAGCGGUACCUCAACGCUAAAUCUCUCUGCCAUUAUGCCAAUGACGCUUAUUCUCCUUAUGAGGUACUUCACGUAAUUGGUCUCAGUCAAGAUUAUUUUUUAUCUUCGAAAGAUAGAAAAUGGGGAAACAAGAGUGGGUGGGACACUGAGAAAGAGAAUUGAGGAAGAAGAAUGGAGAGAGAGAGAGAGAGGGGGGAGAGGAGAGAGAGAGAGAGAGCGAGAGAUGAGGAAGGCGCUCGUAGAACACGGGGAACAGGAGGCAGCCCAUUCGGCUUUUAUCGUGCUUUGCUUCAGAGAGAAUAUAUUCCUUAUUUUCGAAGAGAUCUCGGGGAAAGGCUGAAGAAGAGGCCGCAGCGAUCAAAGGGGAAGAAAGAAGAGCGUCGAGGAGUGAAAGAGGAUAUCGAAGGGCGGGAGAAGAGGAGAGAUACACAGGUGAAGCGGCGUUUCUUUCUCCGAAGAGAAUAUAUUUUUCAUUUGCAAGAUGAUGCGAGAGAUCGCAAUAAUCACGAUUACGGAAGCGAGCAACUACGAGAGAUCAGUACCAAGUGCCGUGGGGACGACGGGGGGAAAGAAAGAUACUUGAGAAAUAUGUUAUGAAAGAGCUGAAGGAAGAGGAAGAGCGGGAUCGCGCGGAAGAGGAUUUCCAGGACGGUUCUCUUUCACGCACGUCACGGAGAUAUCGCGAAUCGAACGAUAAAGCCGAUCGUGACGCGAUACACCGGAGAGUCUCUUCAGUCGAUCGUUGAAUGCGAUCCGCUAGUCCGUAUCGAUACCGCCACGCAAGACUGAUUCGAUUUUUGCGCGGUUUUGUCGCGAGAUGAGAACGAAAUAAAAAUACUCCUUAUUAACCGGCGAGAUCCUUCGCAGGCUGUCCUUUGGAACGGCCGCGCGUGUGCUGUUCCGACUCGAGUACGCGAGCUAAGAUCUGAUUCUCGACAACACGUGGCGUUUGGAUGAAGUCGGGGGAAAAAGACGACAAAGGUAAGACAUUUAUAGCGAGAGGGAAGAAGGCACGAACGUAUCUUCCCGGCACGUUUUCGAAAAAGGGCGCUCGUGCGGAACGAAUCAACUAUCGUCGUCCUGAAAUCAAUUUCAUCGAAUAAUCGCGAUCUACGGAUUCGCGAGAAUAGCAAUGGAAGGUAGCACGGGCGCGAGAGGAGUCCGAGCAAAGCAGAGAAUUUCUGCUCGAACGACGGGUAAAAUCACGGUGCGUUCCUUCGCGCGCGUGCUAGAGGGAGAAGCGAGCGUGUUUCGUUGUGAAAUGCGAUCGAUCUGACAAGCACGUGUCGCUCUCGCCGAAAGUUAAAGAGACAUUGGAAUUGACACGUUAUCGCGACUCAUCCAGAAUGAAAGUUUUUGAGAGAGAAUCAGUGUAACUAACUCGCCCGGAGUAUACAGCGAGCCGAUAGGUAACGAAGCUAGGUAUGUCAAACUAAUUUUCCCUCCACGAAUUGUACCAGCGCUGUCGCACUAUAUCGGGGGCCACGUACUUUCAAUAUUUGCGGAAACGAGCGAGAUCCGAAAGUUUGAAGAGCACUUUUUAAUUCCGCCGUCGUAUAAUGUGGCUUUUAAAAAAGUUUUUAAAUUCUUUCUCAUCAGAAUGCAUAGAAUCGCGGGAAAUUUGGCGCAAUUGAAAACAGCCGGGAUAAUUAGGAGCGAGAUAGAGGAGGGAUCGACAUUCGAUAAAAAUCCCGUUCAACGCUGCGAAUGAUACUCGCACACGAGUAAAUACAAUAUUUGCGAAAUGCUGUUGAAACAAAUGGAAUUCGAGGUGCUCGCGCGGCCACGUUGUGGGCCAUUCGCGGUGCAUUUGACAUGUUUGUGCGAGGCAUGCCGGUUUUGUACAAAUUCAACGUGUCACACGAGAAAUCCUAGCUAGAACCGGAUAUGGAUGGGUCUAUUUUUCUCAGAUCUGAUGUAGUGUUGUACGUGUUACCUAUAAAAACACACGCGCACGAUCGCGAUUGUACUCGCUGCACAAAUGAUAGUAUUAGCACUUGCAUUGUCGUGUCUUAAUUAUUAAGUAGAUGGAGAGAGUGACUGUAAAAGAGGCGGUGAGAAAGUAUGCGUGGCCUUAAUUUCACGACGAAUCAAUUUUCGGUGUCUGUCGCCAAGGCGUUACGUCGUAAUUGAAUUUGUGCGUUGUAUUAUGUGUUUAGAUAAAUUUUAUUGAAAGCAAGUUUAUUUAUGUGUUAGAAGAUAUUUCGAGGGGGCAGGUGUACUCUUUCAAACGUUUACAAACGUUUUCAGCGUUGCAAAAGUUAGCCGAAACACGGCGGGCGCCCGCACGGUUUUUCUUAAUCCGAGGAAAAUGACUUUUGCGAACGGAGAAGGUAAUUCGAUUAACCGGCAACUUUUACGGCAUGUUUGUUACAUUAUUGUCCAUGUCGUAAAUUAAUUAAUUGUAACCAAUUGUUUGGUUUAUGAGUUAUUAUAAAAUCCAUAUGAGAAAGUCACGGCGUUUAAUCAAACGUGUCCCAUUCAUGCAAUUAUCGAUAUUUCUCUAUUAUCCUGCGCGCCGUGCCAUUCGGAAUAUAAUGCAGAUUAAUAAUCUAGAAAUUAAAUUCCCUUCAACAGGGAGUACGUUUAUCGAUAGCCUCGCCCGUAUAUGUGUGUAUAAUGCGUACUCGAUGUCGACAUCAUUUGUAAUUUAUCAUUUCCUAGAGAAUUUCGCGCUUUUAACGGCACGACGUUGAAACAAAUGGCAGAUUUUCUGUAUAGGGGAGUACGUUUGUUUUUCUUUUACAUUUUCCCGAGAGUCGUGUAGCCGCCCCGUUCGAUCGGGGAGCGGGAGAGACCGUGGUAUGCGUGAACAGAGAUAUUUAUUUGUAAUAUAUAGCUAAUUAAGGAAGCAUUGUAAAUAUCAUCGAGCUGUCGAGCUUAAGAGAAUGUACGGUAACUUAAAUACAUUCGCAAUAAAAUCCAUUAUAUUUUUAUUUAAGAAAAAAA